AUGGCUGUGGCGGGCAAGGGUCGCAGCUCGUCUGCGUCCGGCCCCGCCGGUGCCACCUUCCUCCUCGGCAGCGCCACGACGUGGCCCUUGAAGCGCUACGGCCGCUUUCUGCCCCCGAGGGAUGGCGACGGUGAAGGGCAAAACACCUCUUGGAAGGUUUUUGAAUCCAACGAAGAAUCAGGCCAUCUUAUCCUUACCAUUGUGGUGUCUGGCCAUUUUUUCAUUUCCCAGGGGCGAACAGUCCUGGAAGGCUUUUCACUAAUCGAUUCCCACAAGUGGCUCAAGAUAGUGAGAAGAGCAGACUGCCUGCUGUUUCGAGCAGAGGCCAAGCAGAGCGAAUGCCGCAUGUUCCGGGUGCAGUUUGGUGGCACAGCAAAAGAGCAGAUGCUGGAAUUCUGCUGCAGUUGUGUUCAGAAACUUGCAGAGUACCUACCAGUGGAGGUGACAGAUGAGCCAAGCCAGCAGCUCCAUCCCAGUCUCAGCCAGCUGGGUAGUGGUGGAAACCCUAAGAGGGGCACUGACCACAAUGCAUCAGCACUACAUAAAGCAGCUGAGCCUCGACUGGACUCCUGCACAACCCUUGGACAAAGAAGAUCUGUGACACAGCUGGCCCAGUCUGUGCUGAGGAAGAAGUCUGAGCUGCCCCUCAUGUACCAGCACUCAGCAUGGCAGGCACAGGAGCUCGGUCCCUUCAUUCGCCUCUGCCUCCUGGAUCAGCACUUCCCAGCUUUUGUGGAAGACGUGGAGAAGGAACUGAAAAAACUGACGGAAGGUUGA